CUGUGGGACUUGUAGUCCCAGGAGAGGCUCGCCCGCGCCCGGUGCGCUGUGCCGUCGGCCCCUGCGCACUACACUUCCCGUCGUGCAGCGGGGCGGGCCCGAGGCCUGCUGGCGGAGACAUUUGCGAGCGGAGUGUCUCCAAGAUGGCGGCGUGGGGAAGGAGGCGCGCUGGCCCCGGCAGCACCAAUAGCGGUGGCGGCCGGGAGAGGGUCACCUUGUCCUCCACGGACUGCUACAUCGUGCAUGAGAUCUACAAUGGAGAGAACGCUCAGGACCAGUUUGAGUACGAGCUGGAGCAGGCCCUGGAAGCGCAGUACAAGUACAUAGUGAUAGAGCCCACCCGCAUUGGGGACGAGACAGCCCGCUGGAUCACCGUGGGGAACUGCCUGCACAAGACCGCCGUGCUGGCGGGCACCACCUGUCUCUUCACCCCUCUGGCGCUUCCAGUAGAUUAUUCUCACUACAUCUCCCUGCCUGCUGGUGUGCUGAGCGUGGCUUGCUGCACCCUCUAUGGCAUCUCCUGGCAGUUUGAUCCCUGUUGCAAGUACCAAGUAGAGUACGACGCCUAUAAACUUUCCCGCCUGCCCCUGCAUACGCUCACCUCCUCCACUCCCGUGGUGCUGGUGAGGAAGGACGACCUGCACAGAAAGAGACUGCACAACACGAUAGCACUGGCUGCCCUGGUGUACUGUGUAAAGAAGAUCUAUGAACUCUAUGCUGUAUGACUUCAGCAGGGAAGAGAGGAACCCACAAAGACAAGUGUAUUAAGACUCCCAUAGUUUUGUUUUUCCUCUUUGAGAAGCAGUGGAGACUGGGAAGGAUUUGGCUUAAUAGAGCUGUUAUUUGGGAAAUAACACACCACUGGUGCACCAAGGUUUUUCAGUUCUUUGUUAUACUUUGAGAUGUGGAUGUGUGGUGACUUGAGAGCUGCAUGUUAGGCUAUGGGAGUCCAAUCCAGCAGCGGGAUGUCGAGGCAAGAAAGCUAUAGAAAGAGAAAGGGGGGGGUGAGAGCUGUCUUUUUUUUUUUUCCCUUUUCUUUUUUUCCCUUUUUUUGUUCGGGGAGGGGGGGAACGUUUAAGUACAUUGUAUUACACAGAACCAGCCAGAAGUUAUCAUUGACCAUUAAAGGAUGAGAAUUUCAAA